AUGGCGCGCAUCGAGCGGGCGAUAUUGUGUGCGUCCAUGCGCGUCGAUCGGGCGGCCGCGCUCGGGACGUCGGCGACGCGGGGGGCGAUGCGGGGGCGGUGUGGGUUUUCGAGCGAUGGACGGACGUGUCGCGUCGUCGGUCGACGCGCGCGGGGUCGAGACGGGACGUCGUGGGCGGACGCGGGCGGUGCGACGCGUCGUGCGUCGUCCGCGCGCGCGGAGGCGGGAUCGGUGGGGGUCGAGCGCCUGGAGUGGCCGAUGAGAGAACGCGGGGCGGGAACGCUGGGAGACGCCGACGUCGGGAGCGAGACGACGCUGUGCGGAUGGAUCGAUAAAUCGAGGAACAUGGGUGGGAUAGCGUUCGCGGACGUGCGAGACUCGAGUGGAAUCGCGCAGAUUGUGUUGGAGGAGGAGGCGAGCGCGGAGGUGCGAGAGGCGUUUCAGGCGUUGAGGCAGGAGUGCGUCGUGCGCGCGCGAGGGACGGUUCGGCGACGGAAGAGCGUGAAUACGAAGACGAAGACGGGAACGGUGGAGGUCGUGGUGAGCGAAUUGAAGAUUUUAAAUACCGUCGGUCGGUCGCUUCCGUUCGCCGUGAGUGAGUCGUCGGGGGAGAAGGAGGAGAUUAAGGAGGAGACGCGCCUGGAGCAUCGCGUGUUGGAUUUGCGUCGACCGCAAAUGGCGAGAAACUUGAAACUUCGUCACGACACCUUGCGAGCGCUCAGACGGGUUUUGGAGGAUGAUUAUGGAUUUUUAGAAGUCGAGACGCCGAUGCUCACGCGGAGCACGCCGGAGGGGGCGCGGGACUACCUCGUCCCGAGUCGACUCCAACCCGGGGGGGCGUACGCGCUGCCGCAGUCGCCGCAGCUGUUCAAGCAAAUGCUCAUGGUGGCCGGCGUCGAUCGGUACUACCAAGUCGCCCGAUGCUUCCGCGACGAGGACUUGCGCGCUGAUCGCCAGCCCGAGUUCACGCAGCUCGACAUCGAGAUGGCAUUCAUGGAUGAAGACGGCGUCAUGAAGCUCGCGGAGGAUUUGAUGCGCGCCGCGUUCAAGAAUGGCGUCAACGUCGAGCUCCCAACGAGCUUCCCUAGGAUGACGUACGCUGAGGCGAUGGAGAAGUACGGGAGCGACAAACCCGAUCUCCGCUACGGAUUGGAGAUGUCCACGCUCGACGACGCUCUGAACGGGUGCGAGUUUAAAAUUUUUGCCGAUGCCCUGGCGACGGGCGGCACCGUCAAGGCGCUGGUGGUGAACGACGAAAAGACGAAGAUUCCGAACUCCAAACUCAAGCCUAAGGGUGAUGUGUUCGAGGAAGCUGUCGCCGCAGGUGCCGGAGGUUUGGCGUUCGCGCGCGUCGGCGAAGACGGCGCCUCGCUCGAAGGUGCAAAGGGCUUGGUCGAGGGCACGGCGGCGCACGCCAAGGCGAUGAUCGACAAGUCUGGCGCCAAGCCAGGCGACUUAAUGCUCUUUGCCGCUGGUAAGAAGGCGCUGGUGAACAAGACGCUCGAUCGCGUGCGUCAAUACGUUGCGAAAACGUACGGAUUCGUCCCCGAGAACGCGCACGCCGUGUUGUGGGUCACCGAGUUCCCGAUGUUUGAGUACAACGAAGACGAGGAGCGAUACGAGGCGAUGCACCACCCGUUCACGUCUCCCAACCAGGACGAUUUGAUGGCGAACCCGGACGAUUUAUCAAAUGCACGUUCGAUCGCGUACGAUUUGGUGUACAACGGUGUGGAGAUUGGUGGCGGUUCUUUGCGUAUUUAUCGCCGAGACAUUCAAGAAAAGGUGUUCCGAGCCAUUGGCUUGAGCGACGCCGAGGCGGAGGAAAAAUUUGGCUAUCUUCUCGAAGCGUUCCAGUACGGCGCGCCGCCGCACGGCGGGCUCGCGUUCGGGCUCGACCGGUUAGUGAUGAUGCUCGCGGGGGCGAAAUCCAUUCGCGACGUCAUCGCAUUCCCGAAGACGGCGGCCGGCCAGUGCUUGCUCACCGAAGCUCCGGGUCAGGUGAGCGCCGAGCAGUACGCCGACCUCCACAUCAAAUCCACCUCGCCACCGCCGAAAGAGUAG